AGUCCGUCACCUUUUCCUCACUCCCAUAUCCCAAUCAUAUCCACUCCAAUCGACCAGUCAUAUCACACCCUUCCCCCUGACUGCUGAGCCGGUUUUACUCGGGGAACUGGGAUGCUAGUCUGGUCCCUCUUCCCUGUCAGAAACCGUCCGAGGAUUCCGCAAAUCCCGGCGGCAUGACCCCCAAAUCCUGGUAGACACCCUUCGCGCGUCCCAGCCGCGACAGUCCGUCAUUCUCGCACCUCCGUUCGUCGGUUGCUGACACCCCCCCUUCACCUUUCCCCGUUCUUGCAUUAAGUUAUUCGACUUUUAGAUGGCUAGGAUGAGUUUACCUACGUGGUACAACAAGGAUCAGAAUGGCGACUCGGAGCUCCGGUCUGCUUCUUCCCAGAAAGAGCGUAGCUCGUUCGCGAAGUUUUCGCCUGCUAGGAUGAUGGCAGAUGUUAAAUUCCCGGAGGUCAAAGUUCCUAGUGUUCGCAUACCUGACGUUAGACUCCUUCAAGUUAAGCGUUCGGAAGCUAAGAUGCCUGAACAGAAGAAUUCUGAUGUUGCCGAUAGUUCUCAGAUGUCAACCCUAGACUUCGUUUCCAAAGCCACGUCAGCAUUUCAAGUAGCCACGACGAAGGCUAAGCGAGCAUUCACCGAUUUAAGACGCGAUGCACCUUCUCCUUCUGAGGCUCCGGUUCCCUCGAGCCUUCCAACCUCCCCACCGACACCCCCCCAGCCUUCUCAUGGCUGGGGCUAUCCCUGGUUGCUCAAGGCGAGCCCUAAGACCAGCCAUUCGGGAGAACUCAGCAGAAGAGUCUCCGAGCUGUCAAAGGAACCCCAAAAGUUUCUCAUGGUGGGGGUAUCAGACGACCGCGCCGAGCACUACGUUAAUCUGGACAGCGCGUUGCUCUCCGCUCCCGCGAUUCUCGAGGCGGAUGAUCAGCUGAGCAGGAUCUUUACGGAAUUCGUGCCUCGUCUGGUUUCCGAGCGAGAAUUCUGGAAGCGGUACUUCUACGUGGUUGCUAAGGUGGAGCUCGAGUUGGAGCAUGAGGAAGACUGGGGUGCUGUAGACCCUUCUCCCCUCGGCUCGCCUGCCAGUGUGGGAUCGCACGGACGCCUCUUCUCCCUUCCCAUGUGGCAUCCCAAGGAACGGGACCUGAACGGCAGUACCUGCAGCACGACGACGAGCGUGUGCAGCUCAGGAAACGUGGAGCCGCCGAACAUCCCAUCAUCUGUGCUCCUGCGGAAUCUCGCCCAGGCUGUCAGCAACGCUGCUCCGUUUGCGACGCUCAAGGACCUGGUGGUGCACAACGGCAAGUGGCCGGGCACGGCACUUGCGCAGGCUGUUGGCGCUGGGAUUGGCCGCGCGUUCUCCCUCUCCUCCAUAUCGAAUCUACACGACGCUGACUCCACGGACGACAUGAUUCACAGGCUCCUGAGCGCAGGAGACGAAGCGGCCUUUGAUUGUGGAUGUGACACGUUCAGCGGCAUCAGCAAUGGCAACAAGCACUCACAGGAAAAUCCGAGCGAUGCCGCCUCCGUGGCAGCUACUGCGCUGGUGCAUUCGGUGCACGGGGCGUACGCUGACAGCUUCGUGGCGCAGGUUGCGGUGCUCAUGGCGGAGCUGCCGUCUGAGAAAGACAUGGCGCAGCUGUGGCUGGCGCUAGUGGAGCAGCUCAGGAGCCGGUGGAAGCAGGGGGUGCCAGUCCCCCACGUGGCGGCAGGAAAGGACGGGCCGGACCUGCGGCUGUGCGAGAUCAUGCAGCACCUGCAGGUGCUCAACUGCUGCAUCGCCAGGCAGCGCCGGAGAAAAGCCAUCGGGUUUGCGUGUAAACUCCCAGGAGGAGCAGCAGCAGCUGGAGUGGGUAGGGCAGGUAGCAGGAAGGUCAGGGAAUGUUUGUCAGAAGGCGCUGCUGCUGCUGCUGCUGAUGAUGAUGAUGGGAGCGGUGUGGGUGCAGCAGCAGCAACAGCAGCAGCGAGUAGCGAAGCUUCAGGCAGCUGUAACGUUCUAGGGAGAAGCGUGAGUCUAGGAGUAGGCAGGUGCCGAGACUCGGGCUUAGACGAGGCAGACGCCAGAAGCCGGAAGCAGGGCGGAGAUGAUAGUGCCUGCCUGGUACCGCCUGACGCGAGGGGGGAUGGUGGCACAGACUGUUGUGAUAUACGCAGGGACCAACCGGGGAGUCAAACAGCAGGCGACAGGGUUGUGGAGGUGUCUGGGGCUAUUAGAAGCGCAAGUGGGAAGGUGCGAGCUCAGGAUGGGACGGAUGCAGAGAAUGAUGACUUGGCAGCGGGGCCGUGCUGGAACAGGGACUGUCCAGGUCAGCAUCUCUUCCUCUGCGACACGUGCUCCCUGCCUUGCACGAAUCAUCACUCGUCAGACGAGUGCACGGACCAGGAACGCAGAGGAGAUAACUGCGCCCAUGCAGUCCACGCCUCUGACACCCCUUCGGCAGCAGGGACAAAAGGGACAGCAGCAGGGGCAGCAGCAGGAGCAGCAGCGGAGGCGGCAGCAGAGGCAGCAGCAGAGUAUCACCAGGACGCGUGCUAUGCAAGGGUGCAGUCAGGCAGGCGCGUGCUGAGGAGAGGGGUGAAGGAGCAGUCGAGGGGUCUGAGGCUCCUGGAGACAGGCGAGCCCAUGUGCAUCCCGAUGACCCAGGACGGGCCGCUCAUGACUGAGUCGAGUGUGCGGGAGAGUGAAGAGCUCAUCAUGAGGACCAAGAGCUUUGGGACUGGUCACAAGCAGCUCUUUUCUGACAUGCAAUCAUUCAAGGCCGCCAACCCUGGGUGUGUCCUGGAGGACUUUGUCCGCUGGUACUCGCCCCCUGACUGGUCGCCACUCCCACAGUCGCCCUCUGUCCACUCCGCCUCCGUCAACUCUCCUGCCAUACACUCUUCCUCUCGCCACUCGCCCUCUCUCCACUCUCCCACUGUCUUCAAUGCUAGAAGCGCUUCAGAAGCAGAGACCCCCUGCGCCUCCUCCUGUGCCUCCUCCGGUGCCUCCUCCUGUGCCCCAACCUGUGCCUCGUCGCAAGGCCGAGAGAGGGUGGGCCAGAUUGCAGGGUGUGCCGCAGGGGGAAGUAACGACUGUACACCCAAAAAGACAGGGUACCUCAGCGUGCGGAUGAAGGCUUCUGAUAACUUGUGGCAGCAGCUGUGGAAUAAAGCUCGCCCACUGCCCGUCGCUCUUCAGCCCCCCUUGGUGGACUACGAUUAUGCCGGGGAAAGGAGCCUCAACUGGCUGGAGAACAUGCCCCCGUCGCAUCUGUUUGGCGAGCUCUUCAACGUGCUGGUUGGCGUUGGCUUCUCCGCAGCGGCUUCAGCAUACCACGCUCCCAGAUCUACCUCUCUCACUGCAACUGCAAGCCAGGACGAUGGCUGGGUGCACGCAGACAAUAUCGAGGGAGAGGCAGGGGAGGAGGCGGAGGAGGAGGAGGAGGCAUGUGGGCAGGCAGCAGCGGAUUGGCACAUCAGUGCACGGGUGGCGGAGUGUUGCCGCUAUGUGGCUGGGGCGUGCACGAGAGGAAUGAGCGACGAGAAGAUGUCCGAUAUUUGCCUGGUAUACGAAAUGGUGGAGGACAUUGUUGUGGGGCCACACGCCAAGACCCAACUCCCCACCUCCACCGCCACCGCCUCCCAGGACGCCCAACCCGCCCCACUCAAGCCGUCCCUCCUGCAACAGUGGCAGCAGUGGCACUCCAAACCCUCCUCCAAAAACACCGAACAUACCCAUACACAAGACCAUACCCACACACAAGACCAAGACCACCACCCUUCUAACGAAUCUCACCUAGACGACCCCCAAGCCUGUUCUGACUCGGAGCCGUAUGACACGCGUAGCCUGUCUGAUGUUUCAUGCGGGACCGGUGGCUUUUCCCCCGAGCCUAGCACCUCCCCUCGCAUCCCUCACUCCUCCACCACUCCCGCUCGCAGAUUCUCCCUCCUGGGAGCGGGGUCCGGGUUCCCUAGCUUCCACUCUGCAAGCUUUCCCACAAGCCCCAUGUUUGGCUCCCUAGACCUCUCCUCCCUCAAUCACCACCACCACCAGCAGCAACCGCAGCAGCCACCCCAGCAGCAGCAACAGCAGCUUGAAGAAGAUGGUUCUGCUUGUCAGAAGGGUGCUGGAGACCCUGCGACUGCUCGUCUUUCCGCUUCGUCCAGUUUUGUCAACCGUGUGGCUGUGUGGGCGGGCCUGGGGGCUGCAGGGUGUGGGAAGGGUGUGGUGGGAGAGCAAGCGAGCACGAAUGACCAGCAGCAGCAGCAGCAGCAGCAGCAGCAGCAGCAGCAGCAGCAACAGGAGCAGCUAGAAGCAGAGAGACUCGUUAUCACAGUUUCUGUGAAUGGCGGUCUAGAAGCUGCUGCUGCCGCUGCCACAGCUGCCACAGCUGCAGCUGGUGCUGCUUGCCCUGCUGCAGAUGGCGCAACCUUUGGUGCUGCUGGUGCUGCUGAUGCUGCUGCUGAUGCUGCUGCUGAUGGUGCAGAGAACGGUGCUGCUGCUGAUGUGACUUGUUCGCACGUUCUAGAGGAACCUGAAGUGGAGGAUAGCGAUAGGGGCAAGUGCAGCAGACCAAUGACUGCGCCCGCUGCAGUGAGCUUUGGAGGGUUUGGGAAGGCUGAUGGCACAAGCAGCAGCAGCGAGCAGCAGCAGGCGCAGGGGGAGAGGAAAAAAGGUGGGAUUCUCGGGCUGCGAUAUGGCUGGGUUGUGGUCUAAUCUGGGGUGAAUCUGGAGGGUCUAGGAAGGUGGACGUGACAAGCAUCAGCGAGCAGCAGCAGCAGCAGCAACAGCAGCAACAGCAAGCAGCAGCAGCAGCAGCAGCAGCAGCAGGCGCAGGGAGAGAGGAAGAAAGCUGGGAUUCUCGGCCUGAGAUAUGGCUGGGUUGUGGUCUAAUAUGACGUGAACCUGGAGGGUCCGGGAAGGCAGAUGCGACAAUCAUCAGCAAGUAGCAUCAGGGGAAGCAGCAGCAGCAGCGAGCAGCAGGUGCGGGGGGGGAGGAACAGGUGGGAUUCUCGGCUGUGAUAUGCCUGGGUCGUGGUCUUAUCUGGGGUCAAGCUGGAGGGUCUGGGAAGGGGGAUGUGGCUAGAAACAGGGGCAGGAGAUGCAGGUGGAAGCAAGGUUGGAUACUUCUGCCUGCAAUAUUGAUGGGUUGAGUGGUGUGCUGGUCAAGCUGCCACAAUUUUGAAGUUCUGGUUGUGCGAGCAUUAAGUAUGGCUUGGCAGCACAUCUUGUAACAGUUACACAUACGUUACCGGUAACAGCAAUCAUGUUACCUUACGAACAACUGUCAUCUAGGAUGGUGUCGUGACAUUACAUUGUGUCAUUGUCAAUGAUGAAUAGCUUUAUUCGUGAUUUGCUGUAGAAGCAUUCAGGUAUAGUCCACACUUAUGA